AUGAAUACGGUCGCGCGACGAGGACGAGGCCUGUUGUUGUCUGCGUCAUCAUCAGCAGCAGCAUCAUCAUCAGCAGCAGCAUCAGCAUCCUUCUCUUCCUCUUCCUCUUUCACUGCAUCAUCGAGAGUGCUUUCCUCUCUCUAUUCCUCUUCUUCCUCUUCUUCUCGAAGCGAAUUUCGAUCGGCCUUCUCUGUUGUGGAGAAAAAAGGUCUCCAACGCGAUCGAGCGUCGUCGUCCUCGUUUACAAAGUCCUCCUCCUCCACCUCUUCGUUCGCGAGACGCGGUAGUAACACUAGAAAAUGGAUUUCCACGUCUGCGACGAAAUCUUUCUCCUCGGAAGGAGGAGAAGAAGGGGCAAAACCAGCAGUAGUCGACGACGAUACCGUCGUCGUUGAUUUAUCGAAGGGUGAAAACACGACGCCGCCUUCGAGUAAAAUACUAAAACUCGCCGAAGAGAUUGUGAAAUUAAACAUGUUAGAGAUUAAUGAUUUGGGGAACAUUUUACAAGAGAAAAUGGGCAUUAGUGACCAACAGUUAUAUGGUAUGGGCGGUGGUAGCAUGGGUAUGGGUGGAGGAGGAGGCAGCGGCGGAAACGUAGCCGCCGGGGGCGGAGACGCCGGGGGCGGGGACGCCCAGGCUCCGGAGGCUGCGCAAACGGAGUUUUCUCUCAAGCUCGAUGCCUUUGACGCGAGCUCGAAGAUUAAGGUCAUCAAAGAAGUCCGCGCAGCUACUGAACUUGGAUUAAAAGAGGCGAAAGAUUUAGUCGAAGGCGCGCCGUGUGUCUUGAAGAAAGGUCUUUCGAAAGCCGACGCUGAGGCUAUGAUGGCGAAAAUUGUCGCCGCCGGGGCCACGUGUUCGCUCGAAUAA